AUGUUGGUUGUUGUUGCUUAUUUCUUUGCGUGGCCGAGAGUCCCGGUCGUUGAAGGCGAGACGUGCGGUGAUGGGGGUCUUGCCGUGAAACUCGGUGUUGGCCGCGUGAAGAGCUGGGCCUCGUGUAACAGGCCUGCAAAUGUAACAGAUUUGUGUGUAAAUACGUAUGCACCAUAUAGGAUGGUUGCUCAAGGAUUCGUGAGAACUCACCGGUUUCAUAGUUUUUUGUCGAGGGCUUCCCAUUAUAAGGUGGCACACGGGCUCGUUCCUGUUAUGAACCAUUUUGCCAAACGAUGCCUAGUGGCAGACUUAGAAGAUAUAUUCCGAAGGUUCACGUUCGAUGCUACAUGCAUCUUGGUUACUGGCCAUGACCCUAGAUCCCUUUCGGUCGAAUUUCCGGAUGUUCUUUUCUCCAAGGCCCUGGAUGAUGCCGAGGAAGCGAUAUUUUAUCGGCAUGUCAGGCCACCAUGGUUUAUCAAGUUGCAGAGGUGGCUGAACACGGGACAAGAACGGAAAUAUGGAAAGGCGGGGCAAGUUCUUGAUGAUAUUAUAGCCGAGUAUAUAUGGCAGAAGAGGAAAGAUUUGAACCGAGGGUCGAAUUCGACAUCGGAAAUCGUCGAAGAAGGCGUGGAUCUCUUAACACCGUACAUAACCGAAGAGAAGUCAAUAGGUUUAGAAUGUGACGAUAAAUUCUUGAGAGACUAUUUUGAGUAUGAUGCUUGCAGGGAGGGACACCACAAGCUCUGCUCUUACUUGGUUCAUUUGGCUGGUUUCCCGUCAUCCAAUAGUCGAAAACAAGAUCAUAGAAGAGCUUCAAUAGAAAAUACCCGAAGAUGAAACUG